AGAUAUUCAUCGUAACGGUUUACAAAUCUAGAGCAACAUGCUGCGCAUAGCGUGUUUGGUAAUUUUCAGUGUUUUGGGGAGCUAUUUUGUUCCCGGAGCAGAGGCAAACCGCUGCCAGGGACAGCCAGACGGAACAUGGAUUAACGAUUAUACUUCAUGUCCGGCCUUCUUCACCUGCGUUCGAAAUACGCCAGUUCCGGGCGUUUGUCCUGAUGGAUUUCAUUUCAACGAAGCUGAAAGAAAGUGCGACCAUCCCUGGAAUGUGGUGUGCAUUGUUUGCGUUGAAGGCGGCGAACAACCUACAGAUCCGGAAGAUCCACCACCAGAAGUGCGCAAAUCGAAGCGUGAAGGACCCUUCUUCGUGCCGAUUGAGCACGAAUGUCGGAAGUUUGGAGUGUGCAGUGGCGAUGUAGGAUUUUUAGCAGAAUGUGCACCAGGAAUGAUGUUCGAUCCCGUUUCGCGACAAUGCGAUGUGGAAGCCAAUGUCAACUGUCAGCAAAGUGUCUGUCCCAACAAUAUCAAUCCCAAUGAACCGACGUUCGUUCAUGACCCGUUCGAUUGCUCCGCGUACUACAUUUGCAUGAAUCGGGAGCCACUGCUUCGCGACACAUGCUUGGGAGAUCUUUUGUUCAAUCGCGAGCUGCGUACCUGCGAUUUGCCGGAAAAUGUGGAAUGCGAGGUUGAAGGAUUGCCCCCGUCUAUGUAUCGAUGCCCAGCUACCGGGCUCGCAUUCAUCCCACAUUUGGAGGACUGCUCGUUGUACUACAUCUGUAUCAACGGGGUACAAAAUGAGACCCCAACUGCUUGUGCCCCCGGUUUGCAGUUUGAUAUCGAAACCUCGUCAUGCCGAAGACCGGAAGAAGCCACCUGCAUUCUGGAUGCUAUCACAAGAAAACUUACUCCCUACCUGUUGUAGAGAAAUAAAGUCUGGUUAAUUAGCGUAAACAUAGCUCUUAGUAGCGUGUAUUUGUGAGAAAAUAUAAGGUCCUGCUUCUGGUACUUUCGAAUAUGCCUAGAAAUAAUAAAUGUGUAAUGUGUUAAUAACCUAUUUUCUAAAUAAAUUUAAGGAUUCAGAUAUUUAAAAAAAUAUUUUUUUGUGUUAUA